AUGCAGCGAGCGACGCAGGACGGCCUUGAAUGGCAAGAGUCAUUUCUGGAUUUAGAGCCAGUAUGGACACGAGAGCCUUCCAUAGGCGCCAUUGAGAGCAUAUCCCGUCAACAGCUCAAGAUAACAUCAGAUAAUCCCUGUACCGUCACAUUCCACGGAGCAGGUUUCUUCAACAAGUUCUACCUCGUUCGUGCUGAGGGAAGUACUUUCGUCAUGCGCGUUACCUUACCUGUCUACCCUCGCCACAAAACACGUGCCGAGAUCGGCUUUGAAUGGAUCUUGAUAGAGUUUAUGCAGGGUACGUCCGCGCAGAAGCGAUGGCGUACCAUGUCGAUGGAGCAGAAGAUUGCGCUGACGGAGCGAAUUGCAACCUUCCAGUUUGAGCUAUCAGGUCUCGAGAAGCAAGAACUAGCCUUCAAAAGUAUGGGGACAUUGGAUUCUCCUGAGACUGACCUCGAGGCCGACUUCAGAGCACCCGGAGCUGCGAUUACACCUGGACGCAUGGUUAUCCCUGAGUUCUUCAAGGGCGAUUAUCUUACAUAUGACAUCCCAAGGGGGCCAUUUCUCUCUACUCAUGAUUGGCUAAGCGCCGUAUUGACAUUCAACUCUCAGGAUGAACACGAUAUUGAAGACCACGAGGACAUCCUGCCAGUAGCGCAAAGCCUUCUGGCUCUCCUUCCUAAAGUUUUCCCUCCGGACUUGGGCAGGCCAGAGCCAUCAGCUCUCCAUCACCACUGUUCCCACCUCGACAAUAUCCUAGUUAACGAACAUGGAGAAGUUACAGCUGUGAUCGACUGGGAAUGUGUCACAGCACUGCCCCUCUGGAUGUUGAGUCAGGUGCCCAACUUCCUUAUUGACCAGCCUCGCGAAGAUGAGCCUCAGCGUGACGCAUAUAUGAACGAGACACCAGAAGAGGCUGCCGAAGCAGCGGAUAGGCGCAACGAUCCAAAUUACCUCGACAACGAAGGCAAGAAUCAGUUGUACUGGAUUCACAUGAUGGAGUAUGAGACUACGCAGCUACGCAAGGUCUACAAAGCAAAAUUGGAAGAGGUGUACUUCUUUAAUGCCGUCUUGCAAUGUGAUGGACUAUGGAUGAAAAUGGUACGGAAGCGGGUCGAGUGUAUUGAGAAAGGCGAGCCAGUGAGGUUUAAGGACAUGUGGAAUAGAUAG